AUGGCUGAAGACCUUUUAACCAAGCGUUCGUCUAUCUACUCUGAUCGGCCCCAGUUUCAUAGUACCAUGGGUACGAGUGACCGGCUCCUUGGGUGGGCAAACAAUACAGCUGUGAUCUCGUAUGGAGAACGGUGGCGGACUCAGCGUCGAAUGACCCAUGAACUUUUGCACAAACGAGCAAGCGAAGAGCUAUCGCCUCUGAUAGUAAAGAACUCGCGGAUGGCUGGGUCAUCGAUUAUCAUAGCAGUUUAUGGAUAUGAGGCAACAUCAUCCAACGAUACCUUAUUCGAGACAGUUAGUUGCGCUGUGGAUGGAUUUUCCCGAUCUAUAAUAGCUUCCAACUUCUACGUCAACCUUAUUCCCUGGAUGCAGUACAUUCCCGCAUGGUUUCCCGGUGCACAGUGGAAGCGUAAAGCACUUGUUUGGCGCUGGCAGACCGAGCAGAUGCUUCAUGUGCCUUACAACUGGACGAGGGAAAAAAUGGGUACCGGAAGUGCUCCCCCUUCAAUGCUGAGACAUAUUUUAUCAAAGUACGUCAAAGAACCAUCUAAAGAGGAGAAGGAGACUGUGCUCUGGGCAGCAGGCAGUUUAUUCGCAGCUGGCACCGAUACUACUGUUUCAAGCACUUUAAUCUUGAUUGUAGCCAUGGCAAUGUACCCCGAGGUGCAGACUAAGGCACAAGCCGAAGUAGACAGUAUUUUGUGUGGUAACCGAUUCCCAGAGAUAGAGGACCAACAGUCUAUGCCAUAUGUCGAGGCAGUCAUUAAAGAGGCACUUCGUUGGAGAUCGGUUCUCCCACUAGGGGUGCCUCAUGCCGCCAUUGAGGACGAUGUUUAUAAAGGAUACCGAAUCCCCAAGGGAGCAGCCAUUAUAGCAAAUCAACGAGCAAUGAGUUUUGACGAGAGGGUGUAUCCAACCCUGAAUGUUUCGAUCCAAGCCGGUUCUUGGACCCCUCAACCCCUGAAGCUCCGGCAUUUGGUUUCGGCCGUCGCAAGCGGCCUAUUUGCUUUCUUUGACAUCCGUCCCAAACUUGACUCCGAGGUUGUCCAAUUAAACUGA